AUGUACUCAAGUGAACCCCAAGACUCAGGUGGCUGGAGCUUCCUCCAAGCUCUAACCAACACUACCAACAACAAUUCCCAGGCUAACGAUGGCAAUUCCUACACUACCAACGAGAGUUUUUUGAGGCUAAGUGAAAAUAGUCUUCAAAUGUGCACCGAAAUCCUAGGAGAUGAGACAGGGAGUAUUGUCUUUGAAAGCGAAGAGAUUUGUACUAAAAACAAUACUCCAAAGAGGCAGAAAGAUUCGUCCAAGAAGAAUAAUCAGUGUAAGAGUUUGCCACCACCGUUGAGCUCAAGUGGUGUGCUGCGUAUUAGGCCUCAUAGAGAAAGCGGUCGCCUUAUUCUUCAAGGGCCUGUCCAUGAUGAUAAUGAUGAAGAAGAAGAAGAAGAAACAGGUAGUGUUGUCCUCGAAAAUGAAGAAAUUCGUACUGACAACAAUUCUCCAAAGAAGCAGCCAGAUUCAUCAUCAUCAAAGAAUAAUGAUGAAGAAGAAUGUAGGAGUACUGUUUUCCCACCACCUUUGAGCUCAACUGGUGUGCUGCAUACUAGGCCUCAUCAUGGAGAAGGUGGUGGCCCUAUUCUUCAACCUGUUCCAGCCCAUGAUGAACAAGAAACUGAGGAAGAGCUUGAUGAGCAAGUUCUUGAAAAACAAGAACAAGAACAAGAACAAUUACAAGAAGAUGAAGAAAAGUGA